UUCCCAAAUCGCCAUUACCUAGCACUGCACACAUGGAAUUAAAAAAGAAACAAACUCUCAAGGGAAGAUGGCAGUUGUUUAAGUUUUUGGUUUACAUUCCAUGUUUCUGUUCUUCUCAAGUUUUAUGUGAUGACUAUGGCGAAAGUGGAAACAAGAUCACACUUACACCAAUCAUCCGUGGAAAGCCUGAAGAAAUUCUGUGGACACAUAAUGGCAACAAAGUUCUGGAGUAUGAUGGGAGGGAGUUGGUGAAAUAUGGCUCAUAUAAAGACCGUGUAGAUGUUGAUUUUGAAACAGGACAGCUCACAAUAAGAAAACUAAACAGCCAAGACAGUGGCAACUAUGUCUCUGAAAUCGGGAUCAAUAGGAAGAUUCAAACCACCAAUCAUACAUUGACAGUUUUGGAUGCUCUGCCAGAGCCUCUGGUGACCUGUGAAGUGGAUGAGACCUCACAUUUGAAAAAACUGUCCUGUUCAGUGGAAUCCCAGACUCAGCCAAGCUAUGAAUGGAGUGGACCUGAUAUAAAACAGCCGGGACCAACACUUCUUGUUGAUGAACAGGAGGAAAAGCAAGACUCAGUCUAUACCUGCACUGUGAAGAAUAAAGCUGCAAGCAGGACCAGAGACUUUACUCUGCAAGACUGCCACACAGGUGGAGUAAACCCUGCUGUGCUUGUUCCAGUCUUAAUAGUAGCAGUGCUUCUCAUUACUCUGCUUGCUGUGCUGGCAUUAUACUUCUACAGACGUAAAAGACAAAAAUCAGGGGAGUCUGAACGUGAAAAAAAUUACCCUGAAAAUGGUGAAUGCGACAACCUUUUGAUAAAUGUCCCAACAGAGACUAUGCCAGGGUCAUCUGAUGCCACACUCCCUUGUCACACAGAUGAAGCUGAAGAAAAGGCUAACAGUGAACCUGAUAAAACAGACAGACAAAUAGAGAGCCAUAAAACCUCACAAACCCAAGAAGAAAUGGAGAAAGAGAAAAGUCAGAUAUUGAAAAAUGAGAGGGAAAAUAAGGGGGAGUUAUCUGAGGAGCAGACUGAGACACAAAGAGAGCAGAAUAAAAAUGAAAAUGCAGAUAAAAAUGAGGAUGACCAGACACCUGAAGAUAAAAAAAAGAGAAGAAAGAGGAAAAUGAAGAGAUGAACAUCCCAAACACAGGUAAAAUACAAAUUAUAUGCUUGUCUGGAAAAUGGUAAGAUAAGAGUUUCUACUCACUUUGGAAAUUUUUGAAAAUUACAAUUUCUUCUUUGCUUGAUUUUGUAUUUCUACAAAACUAAAGUUAUAUAUUUUUUCGUUAUAUACUUUAUCUUAAUUAAAAUCAUUUCAAAUAAUCUUAUAAAAACUGAAAUAGCAGUUGUUUUAGUAACCUUUUUUUUCAUUUAGUAGCUGUAGUUAGCAAUUGCUUGUUGACUGUGCAGAAAGUCUGGCUUCCUUCUUUAAAAAAAUGAUCAGAAAUGUAUUUUUCAUUGUAUAUAUAAUCCCUCAAUAUAUUAAAUAUUUUCUGCAUUUCAAUAUUUUUGUGAAUGUAAGUUAUACCACAUUAUAGUGCUGGUCGUCAUCUGCUUCACUUGAAGUUUUUGGGAGAUAGCUAAACCAUUGAUUUCAAAGGGGCAAUGAUCUAAGGCUCUAAUCACAUUAUUUUUGGUUCCACUUGAAAGCUGGAAUUCAUCAAACAAUAUUUUCAUACUGUAGAAUUUGUUUGGUAGCCUGUCUUAUUAUUUGAGGAUUGGAUGAGUCUUUUAAAUAAGCAGGACUUUCAACGAGUGACCAAAACCUGACAGUCCUUUUCAUUUAUAAGCACAGCUGUACACAGAGUGGUCUAAACACUCAAAUAUAGCAUGCUAAUAAAAGAGUUAAUAGAGCAUGAGCAUUUGAAUAACUAAAUAUUUUUAUAUAAUUGAAAAUGUUUUAUAUUAAUGUAGGUGAUAAUCCUGUUGAAAAAAGUCCCAACAGAGGCUAUGCCAGGUUCAUCUGAUGCCACACUCCCUUGUCACAUCAGACUGACCGCUCCAAAAGAAUCUUUUGCUGAUAAAAAAUUGGAUCACGACAGUGAAUCAGAGAAUGUGGGUGAUGCUCAUGAAGGACAAAAACUUUUGAAGGAAAGUCUGCAGUCUGCUAUAAAAGAAACAAUCAAAGAGGACACAGGAAAUACAAAUGAAGGAGAAUUAGACAAAAAUGAGGAAAAUGAAAAUGCAGAUGAAGCAGAAAAAAUGCUAACAGCAAACCUGAUGAAACACAGAGCCAGAAAACUGAAGAUGCAGAUAAAAAUGAUAAAGACCAGACACCUGAAGAGAAAAAACAGAUGGAAGAGGAAAACAAAGAGACAGACAGCCCGAACACAGAGACUGUGAGUCCACAGUCUUCUGUGACAGAAAGAAGUACAAUGGACACAGGAAAUGUAGAAGAACAACUGCACACAAAUGAGAAUAACAGCCAAAAUGAAAAUGGUGAACAGUCACCAGAGGAGCAGAACAAGAGCCUGUGUACAUCUAUUAAUGAAGAUGACCAAAGGCGAGAAGAGGAAAAACCCCAGGUGAUAGAUCUACACAAAGCUGAACCUUUUAAUCCACCUUCGUAUAGUGAAGCUUCCAGUGAUCCUAUGGUUU